AUGGAAUGUAUCGGAAUGAACGAGAAGUGCCAUUGCGAGGAAGGGAAGACGUAUUGUGAUUCAGUAGAACGUUGUUUACCUAUGGAACAUUUGAUAGAUGGUCAAUGUCCUCCUGAAUGUGACGAUGGCGAGGUAAAGUUGCUUUGUCCUCACAUAAUGUGAUUAAUUGCACCGUAAAGUCGUUCUAAUUGUCUGUUUUUCAUACUAGCAAUACUGUCUCAGCUCAGGAGAUUGUGUAGAUGAAGGAAGGAUGAAGGAAUUAUGUCCUAGGAAUAAAACUGAGAUGCCUUGCGAUGAGGGAAAGGUAAGGACCACAAGACAAACCUAACCUUGACUCUAACCCUUAUCAUCACCUACCAUCAUCACCACCAUCAUCAUCACCACCAUGAUGGUGAUGAUGAUGAUGAUGAUGAUGAUGAUGAUGAUGAUGAUGAUGGUGAUGAUGAUAUCAAGUAAUUUAAAUACUUUGAAAAAUUUAGAUGUUCUGUAGAGCUACCCAUGGUUGUACAACUCAAGCGGAAUGUGAUGCAGCUUUUCUUAAGAAAUAUCCAACAGGAAUGCCAACUCGGGACACUCCACCACCAUGCCCCACGGACCAGGUAUGUGAUGAUGGUGUUGAUGUUGAUGAUAUUGAUGAUGAUGGUGAUGAUGAUAUGAAGUAAUUUAAAUACUUUGAAAAAUUUAGAUGUUCUGUAGAGCUACCCAUGGUUGUGCAACUCAAGCGGAAUGUGAUGCAGCUUUUCUUAAGAAAUAUCCAACAGGAAUGCCAACUCGGGAAACUCCACCACCAUGCCCCACGGACCAGGUAUGCCUCACACUGAACAUUCUACUUAAAAUCACUUCAUAAUUUCACCCACUUGAUACGUUACCUCAAUGCGUGAUCUGUACAAGGUUUAAAUCUAAAAAAAUGGUGACGAUGAUAAUGGUGAUGACGUCCAAACCUUAACCCUCACUCAAACCCUUACCUCAACACUAAUCUUAACCCUAGUCUAACCAUAAACCCAUUCUUAACCCUGAGCCUAACCAUAAACCCAUUCUUAACCCUAACAUUAACCCUCACCCUAUCCAAACCCUUACAUCAACACCAAUCUUAACCCUGAGCCUAACCUUAACUUGAUGUAAAACUCUGUCACCCAAAAUCAUAUUGUUUUCAAUGCAGCAUUACUGUCCCAGCUCAGGAAAAUGUGUAAAUAAAAGAAGGAUGAAGGAAUUAUGUCCUAGGAACGAAACUGGAAUCCCUUGCAAAGAAGGAAAAGUAAGAACCACAAGACAAACCUGAACCUUUACCCUAACAUCAACUUUUACUUCAACACUAAUUUUAACCCUGAGCCUAACCAUUCUUAACUUGAUGUAAAACUCUGUCACCCAAAAUCUUAUUGCCUGUUUUCAAUCCAGCAAUACUGCCUCAGCUCAGGAGAAUGUGUAGAUGAAGGAAGGAUGAAGGAGUUAUGUCCUAGGAAUAAAACUGAAAUGCCUUGCGAAAAAGGAAAAGUAAGAACUACAGACCUUACCUUAACCUUAUCCCUAUCCAAAUCGUUACCUCAACACUAAUUUUAACACUGACCUAACCAUAAACCCAUUCUUAACUUGUCUCACCCAAAAUCUUAUUGUCUGUUUUCAAUCCAGCAAUACUGUCUCAGCUCAGGAGAAUGUGUCGAUGAAGGAAGGAUGAAGGAAUUAUGUCCUAGGAAUAAAACUGAAAUGCCUUGCGAAAAAGGAAAAGUAAGAACCACAAGACAAACCUUACCUUAACCUUAACAUUAACCCUAAUCCGAACCCUUACCUCGAUACAAAAUUACAAAUCCAAACCCUGAGUCUAACCAUAAACCCAUUAUUUGCGCUCGAUAUAAAACUCUAUCAGUCAAAAUCUUAUUGUCCAUUUUUCACACCAGCGUUACUGUCUCAGCUCAGGAGAAUGUGUAGAUGAAAGAAAGAUGAAGCAACUAUGUCCUGAAAACUGAAAUGCUUUGCGAAGAACCACAAGACAAACUCGACCUUAACCCUAACAUUAACCCAAAUUCGAACCCUUACCUCAGCACUAAUCUUACCACUGACCCAAACCGUUAACUCAUUCUUAACUUGAUGUUAAACUUUGUCACUCAAAAUCCUAUUGUCUGUUUUCAAUCCAGCAAUACUGUCUCAGCUCAGGAGAAUGUGUAGAUGAAAGAAGAAUGAAGGAAUUAUGUCCUAGGAAUAAAACUGAAAUGCCUUGCGAAAAAGGAAAAGUAAGAACUACAAACCUUACUUUAAUUCCAAUCCUCUUCCAAACCCUCACCUCAACACUAAUCUUAACCCUGAGCCUAACCACAAACCCAUUCCUAACUUGUGUCACCCAAAAUCUUAUUGUCUGUUUUCAAUCCAGCAAUACUGUCCCAGCUCAGGAGAAUGUGUCGAUGGAGGAAGGAUGAAGGAAUUAUGUCCUAGGAAUAAAACUGAAAUGCCUUGUGAAAAAGGAAAAGUAAGAACCACAAGACAAACCUUACCUUAACCUUAACCCUAAUUGUGGUAUUCACGUGAUCAUCACACCCUGUGAACGAUGGUAUUGAGAGGACACGUGUAAUAUAUAGAAUAUGGUCUUAUGUAUGCAAAGUAAACACAUGAACAAAUUACAAGACUCUGUCUUUAUAUUACUAAUAUUAACCCUAAUCCGAACCCUUACAUCAGCACUAAUCUUAACCCUGAGCCUAACCUUAAACCCAUCCUUGACUUCAUACAAAAUGUUAUUGUCUGUUUUCAAUCCAGCAAUACUGUCUCAGCUCAGGAGAAUGUGUAGAUGAAGGAAGGAUGAAGGAAUUAUGUCCUAGGAAUAAGACUGAAAUGCUUUGCGAAAAAGGAAAAGUAAGAACCACAAGACAAACCUUACCUUAACCUUAACCAUAAUAUUAACCCUAUUCCGAACCCUUACAUCAGCACUGAUCUUAACCCUGAGCCUAACCGUUAACCCAUUCUUAACUUGUGUCACCCAAAAUUCUAUUGUCUGUUUUCAAUCCAGCAAUACUGUCUCAGCUCAGGAGAAUGUGUCGAUGAAAGAAGAAUGAAGGAAUUAUGUUCUAGGAAUAAAACUGAAAUGCCUUGCGAAAAAGGAAAAGUAAGAACCACAAGACAAACCUUACCUUAACCCUUACGUUAGCCCUAAUAUUAAACCUAAUCCAAACCCUUACCUCAACACAAAUCCUAACCCUGAGCCUAACUAUAAACCCAUUCUUAACUUGAUGUAAAACUUUGUCCCUCAAAAUCUUUGUUUUCAAUCCAGCAAUACUGUCUCAGCUCAGGAGAAUGUGUAGAUGAAAGAAGAAUGAAGGAAUUAUGUCCUAGGAAUAAAACUGAAAUGCCUUGCGAAAAAGGAAAAGUAAGAGCUACAGACCUUACCUUAACCCUGAUAUUAACCCUAAUCCAAACCCUUACAUCAACGGUAAUCUUAACCCUAACGUUAACCCUAACAUGAACCUAAUCCGAACCCUCACUUCAGCACUAAUCUUAACCCUAAUCCGAACCCCUACCUCAGCACUAAUCUUAACCCUGAGGUUGAUGUAAAACUCUGUCAUUCAAAAUUCUAUUGUCUGUUUUCAAUCCAGCAUGUAAAACAUUCAUAAACAGAUGUAAAACUUGACUUGAUGUAAAACACCUAUCAUUCAAAAUGUUAUUGUUUGUUUUCAAUUCAGCAAUACUGUCUCAGCUCAGGAAAAUGUGUAGAUGGAGGAAGGAUGAAGGAAUUAUGUCUUAGGAAUAAAACUGAAAUGCCUUGCGAAAAAGGAAAAGUAAGAACUACAAGACAAACCUUACCUUAACCCUUACGUUAACCCUAAUAUUAAACCUAAUCCGAACCCUCAGCUCAGCACUAAUCUUAACCCUAAUCCGAACCCCUACCUCAGCACUAAUCUUAACCCUGAGGUUGAUGUAAAACUCUGUCAUUCAAAAUCCUAUUGUCUGUUUUCAAUUCAGCAAUACUGUCUCAGCUCAGGAAAAUGUGUAGAUGAAAGAAGGAUGAAGGAAUUAUGUCCUAGGAAUAAAACUGAAAUGCCUUGCGAAAAAGGAAAAGUAAGAACCACAAGACAAACCUUACCUUAACCCUUACGUUAGCCCUAAUAUUAAACCUAAUCCAAACCCUUACCUCAACACAAAUCCUAACCCUGAGCCUAACUAUAAACCCAUUCUUAACUUGAUGUAAAACUUUGUCCCUCAAAAUCUUUGUUUUCAAUCCAGCAAUACUGUCUCAGCUCAGGAAAAUGUGUAGAUGAAAGAAGAAUGAAGGAAUUAUGUCCUAGGAAUAAAACUGAAAUGCCUUGCGAAAAAGGAAAAGUAAGAACCACAAGACAAACCUUACCUUAACCUUAACCUUAACAUUAACAUUAACCCUUACCUCAAACACUAAUCUUAACCCUGAGCCUAACCUUGAACCCAUCCUUGACUUGAUGUAAAACUCUGUCGUUCAAAAUCUUCUGUUUUCAAUCCAGCAAUACUGUCUCAGCUCAGGAAAAUGUGUAGAUGGAGGAAGGAUGAAGGAAUUAUGUCCUAGGAAUAAGACUGAAAUGCCUUGCGAAAAAGGAAAAGUAAGAACUACGAACCUUACCUUAACCUUAACGUUAACCCUAACAUUAAACCUAAUCCGAACCCUCACCUCAGCACUAAUCUUAACCCUGAGCCUAACCACAAACCCAUCCUUGACUUGAUGUAAAACAUUCAUAAACAGAUGUAAAACUUGACUUGAUGUAAAACACCUAUCAUUCAAAAUGUUAUUGUCUGUUUUCAAUCCAGCAAUACUGUCUCAGCUCAGGAGAAUGUGUAGAUGAAAGAAGGAUGAAGGAAUUAUGUCCUAGGAAUAAGACUGAAAUGCUUUGCGAAAAAGGAAAAGUAAGAACCACAAGACAAACCUUACCUUAACCUUAACCAUAAUAUUAACCCUAUUCCGAACCCUUACAUCAGCACUGAUCUUAACCCUGAGCCUAACCGUUAACCCAUUCUUAACUUGUGUGACCCAAAAUCCUAUUGUCUGUUUUCAAUCCAGCAAUACUGUCUCAGCUCAGGAGAAUGUGUAGAUGAAAGAAGAAUGAAAGAAUUAUGUCCUAGGAAUAAAACUGAAAUGCCUUGCGAAAAAGGAAAAGUAAGAACUACAAGACAAACCUUACCUUAACCCUAACCAUAAUAUUAACCUUAUUCCGAACCCUUACAUCAGCACUGAUCUUAACCCUGAGCCUAACCGUUAACCCAUUCUUAACUUCUGUUUUCAAUCCAGCAAUACUGUCUCAGCUCAGGAAAAUGUGUAGAUGAAGGAAGGAUGAAGGAAUUAUGUCCUAGGAAUAAAACUGAAAUGCCUUGCGAAAAAGGAAAAGUAAGAACCACAAGACAAACCUUACCUUAACCUUAACGUUAACCCUAACAUUAAACCUAAUCCGAACCCUCACCUCAGCACUAAUCUUAACCCUAAUCCGAACCCCUACCUCAACACUAAUCUUAACUCUACUAAUCUUAACCCUGAGGUUGAUGUAAAAUUCUGUCAUUCAAAAUCCUAUUGUCUGUUUUCAAUCCAGCAACACUGUCUCAGCUCAGGAAAAUGUGUCGAUGAAAGAAGGAUGAAGGAAUUAUGUCCUAGGAAUAAAACUGAAAUGCCUUGUGAAAAAGGAAAAGUAAGAACCACAUACCUUACCUUCACCCUAACAUUAACCCUUAUCCUUGUGCUCGAAUAUGUCCAACAACACCGCUGUCAGGAAAUUUUUAACCCUAACAUUAACCCUUACCCCAACCCUUACCUCAACACUAACCCUGAGCCUAACCAUAAACCUAUUCUUAACUUGAUGUAAAACUCUGUCACCCAAAAUCUUCUGUUUUCAAUCCAGCAAUACUGUCUCAGCUCAGGAAAAUGUAUAGAUGAAAGAAGGAUGAAGACAUUAUGUCCUACGAUUAAAACUGACAUGCCUUGCGAAAAAGGAAAAGUAAGAACUGCAGACCUUACCUUAACCCUGAACCCUAUCCAAACCAUUAUGUCAAUACUGAUCUUAACUGUGAGUCUAGCUAGCCAUACUUGUGUCACCCAAAAUGUUAUUGUCUGUUUUCAAUCCAGCAAUACUGUCUCAGCUCAGGAGAAUGUGUCGAUGAAAGAAGGAUGAAGGAAUUAUGUCCUGGGAUUAAAACUGAAAUGCCUUGCCAAAAAGGAAAAGUAAGAACCACAAACCGUACCUUAACCUUAACCCUAACCUUAACCCUAACAUUAACUCUUACCUCAACACUAAUCUUAACCCUGAGUCUAACCAUAAACCCAGCCUUGACGUAAAACUCUGUCAUUCAAAGUCUUCUGUUUUCAAUCCAGCAAUACUGUCUCAGCUCAGGAAAAUGUGUCGAUGGAGGAAAGAUGACGGAAUUAUGUCCUACGAUUAAAACUGAAAUGCCUUGCGAGAAAGGAAAAGUAAGAACCACAGACUUUACCUUAACCCUAACAUUAACCUUUAUCCAAACCCUUACCUCGACACAAAUCUUAACCCUGCACCUCAUCAUCAACCGUUCUGAACCAUAGGUUCUCCGAAGUCUGCAUCUGAAAGUUUUGUGUUUGAAUUCCACAGGAAAUUUUAAUUUUUAGAUUUUGCUGCCAAGAAGAAAAAGAUAUUUUCUAAUCUUAACCCUGAGCUUAUCCAUAACCCAUUUUUAAGUUGAUGUAAAACUCUGUCUCUCAAAAUCCUAUUGUCUAUUUUUCAAUCCAGCGUUAUUGUCUCAGCUCAGGAGCAUGUGUCGAUGAAGCAACGAUGAAGGAAUCAUGUCCUAGGACUAGAACUGAAAUGCCCGUAUCAUGCGGAAAAGGCGAGGUGAGCAGAAUUUACGUUUACCAGUCAUUGCUAUCAAUGUUUAUGCAUAAACUUGUGGCUAGCUCAUGGGGAUUGCAUUCUAUAUCUCGAAUUUUACCAGUGGGUAUGUAGUAGCAUUUUACAUUCACCAUCCAACGUUGCGACACUGCGGUCUUUAUCGGGGCUGAUUUGCCAUGCAUCUUGUAGUGGAGGGGUGACGUCACCGCCUAACAAUGUGAUGACAUCAUGCUCUUGUGUAAGAUAGCUGCCGUCAUUCCUGUUCGACGCUUGUUGAUGUGCCACGUUAGGUUUAGGGUUUGGGGUAAGGAUUUUCGUUAUGGUUAAAGUGAAUCGGGUUAGAACUCUGCUGUAAAAGGAUUGAUGGAUUGUCAUAGCAUGUGAGAUAUCCCACACAAACGUGUGUUUUGGUUGAUGAAAUAAUUUAUUUCUUAAGAUAUGUUUUCAUUUGUUCUAGAAAUCAUGUCCAACAUCUACUGGAAUGACAUGUGUUGCAGAAGACGAAGAUUGUUCGCUACCCUGUCGUAAAGAAGAUGUAAGUACUAAGUACUGGAAUAUAAUAUGGACCAUUUUCAGAAUUACUAGACAACUGACAGAUCGGUUAUAGUGCUGUCCCUUACCGCUGAGUUAAGCCUGAUAGUAUAGGUUGAGUACUCUAAAACUCCUUUAAAUAUUUACCUCCCAUUUGAGGUGCAUGCUCUUCUCCACUUCGGCUGUUCCUGCCUAGGAUCUUCAGAUCUGUAAGAACUUGCGCGUUUUUACGUGCGUAGUGCAUCGUUUAGAAAGCGCGCAAGGGUCGCGAAGGUUUUCUUCCGCAAACACUGAACCCCUGUUUUACCUACAACACUGUAAAUAAAUGAAACUUUGAACUACUGGAGUUUGUUUUGGUAAAUUUCCAGUCGAGUUGUGGUACCCCUUCUAUCUUUUACAGAAAUUUACAUUGUCAAACAACUUGCAAAAAUCGCACAAGGGUCACGGAGGAUUUCUUUCAUACACACCAAGCCCCUUGCAGCUUCAGCACCUAACCACGCGCAGCAAUAAAUUUUAAUCCAUGUUUUGUGAAUUUUUAGCCGAAUUGUGGACCUUCGCCACGGCCUUCGGGACCUGUCGCAAGCACACGACCUCCGAGGAACAAGAAUGAUUAUUUCUUUGCUGGAACAAUCUCUGCAAACGUCGCAGAAGCUUUCAACCGUGGCCACACCCUGGGCGAGGUCCUAAAGAGACUCCGGUUUAAAGAAGCUCCUGUGGAGGGGACACUGAAGAAUGGCAGGGGACGUUGGCAAGUUAGGAAGAGUACUGUGGGCACGAAAAUAAAAGCCAGAUGGAUUGAUGUGAAUAAAGGUAAACUGUUAGAAAUAAGAUGCACGUAAUGUUUGCUCCCGAGGGAAAUAGUCUGCCGCCUGUAUUUUUAGAGCUCACUCACAGUCGGAGAGUGAAGGUUCAAUCUGAGUUUCGCUUGAGUGUCAGUGUAGUUUUUGAAUAGCCAGAGGGUUAGUGUCGUACCUUACUAUGUGAAUUCUCGCCCUCCAGCUAUUCAAAAACUGCACUAACACUCAAGAUAAGUCUAGAUUGAACCUCCACUCUUUGAGUGUGAGCGUGAGUGAGCUUUUACAAUACAGGCGUGAGUCUCAAGGUGUCUAAAAAACGCAAUGGAAAUUCAACAGGCUCUCGUGCAUCAUAAACUUAGCUAAACAAUUCAAUUUUUACAUAAGACGAAAUAGCUGUUAUUUAGCUUUUCUAUUAUACCUUUUUUAAAUCGUAACAAUGAGAAAUGGCCACAUACGUACUCUUAAAAAAAAUUGCCGGUCGAAAACGCAUUCUUCCACCGUUUGGAAUUGAAAAUUACCUUUGUGAGAUAUUUUAGUUUCUGACCAUCCAUAUUAUUCUCUAGGAAGCAAGAUUUCUCCCAGAGACAGCAUCAGAUUCAUGCCAGCAAACUCUUCAGUCCAUGGUUUCGAAGGCAUUGAACUGAAAAUCAACGACGUCUCCAAGUACAUCGGCAUAAUUGUUUUUCCCUGCGUCGUGCCAAAACUUGAAAUAAAGAAAGAACUAUCAGGUUUGCGAGUUUUAUAUAAUGUACAUAUUUUACUGUUUCGUAGGACAAUUGGGUGAUGAACUAAUGAAUAUACUUUUCCACUUGAUUAUGACUACAUUCAAUGUUUUAAAUUUUCCAAACGUUUCUCAAGCUGCAAACGAACUUAAAAAGUAUGUUUAGUGCUUUAUCUGUAAAAUAAUGCUAAAAUGAAGAGAUUUUAGAUGGUACGCCAAAGAGAAAACGAUGUCUGAAUUUCAGUAAGUUUUGCUUAUAUUGCUGUAUAAAUAUAUGGCGUGAAUUUUACAGCAUCAAUGAUAAUUGUAUUUAACUAGUAUUUUGUGUUUCUCAACCGCCAGAUACAUUUAAAAAGGUUGCUAAUUGUGUAAAGUACAAAAUAAAGCUAAAACAAAGUAAUUUUGAGAGGAACACCAAAAAGACUUUAGGUUUUGAAUAUUUUUCAACGCGACAUUGACAAAAUGCCCCUUAAUAAACUUGUGUCUAUCUUAUUUAUCAGGCGAGGAGGAAAAACCACUGAACUUCAAUCUUGACGAUGUAUUUACUGUGACGCGAGAACAAGCGAAAGCUAUGGCCUCGAAUCUUCACGACGAGUACAACGAGUUUGUACCUCAGACUGUUUUGAACCAAUAUCGUGAAAUGUUAAAAGGAAGAUCGUCUGGUGCGAACUUGGGUAUCAUGGUCAAGUCGACGGGACGACAUCGCUUGAUGGAACAAAGUGAAAAAUCUGCGAAAGAAGACGAGUCUCCUAAUGAACGACGACCUAGCAUGUAA